AUGGCGACUCGAAGCGCAGCUCUCAAGCUUGACUGGACCAAGGUCACCAGCUCCCUCGGUCUCCGUGGCCAGACUGUUGCCUCCCUGCAGGCCUUCAAGAAGCGCAACGAGGACGUCCGCCGCAAGGUCCAGCAGCUCCAGGAGCAGCCCACCACCGUCGACUUCUCCCAGUACCGAUCCGUCCUCAAGAACCAGGCCAUCAUCGACGAGAUUGAGAAGCGAUUCAACGCCUUCAAGCCCGUUACCUACGAUGUCAGCCGACAGCUGAAGGCCAUCGACGCCUUCGAGGCUGAGGCCGUCAAGAACGCCGAGGCCACCAAGCAGGCCGUCGACCUCGAGCUCAAGGACCUCGCCGCUACCCUCAAGAACAUCGAGGAGGCCCGACCAUUCGAGGACCUCACUGUCGACGAGGUUGCCGCUGCCGAGAAGUCUAUCGACGAGAAGACCGACCAGCUCGUUUCCAAGGGCCGAUGGAUGGUGCCAGGCUACAAGGAGAAGUUUGGCGACUUGGCUAUGGUUUAG